GCCAGCGCUCGCGGGGCCCAGGCCGCCGGGUCUGACGGGAGCACCGCGGCGGGGGAGCCCGGGAGGAAGCGGCCGCAGUCGCCAGAGAGCACCCCGCGCGCCCCUCGCUGCCCGGGCCCGGUGUAUGGGGACGCGGCCCUCCAGCCUCGGUUGAGAGCGUCUUCCCGGGCUGCGGUGGCCUCGGGCCCCAGAGCGCGCCCCGCCGCCACCCGAGGGCUGCUGCGCGCGGCCCCGGGCCUGCUCGCCGCGCGGCUCCGCGCGUCCCGGGCCAGGAAGUGGCGGCGCUGAGCGCCAUGGCGCACUCCCCGGUGCAGUCGGGCCUGCCGGGCAUGCAGAACCUGAAGGCUGACCCAGAAGAGCUUUUUACCAAGCUAGAGAAAAUUGGGAAGGGCUCCUUUGGAGAGGUGUUCAAAGGCAUUGACAAUCGGACUCAGAAAGUGGUUGCCAUAAAAAUCAUUGAUCUGGAAGAAGCUGAAGAUGAGAUAGAGGACAUUCAACAAGAAAUCACAGUGCUGAGUCAGUGUGACAGUCCAUACGUAACCAAAUACUAUGGAUCCUACCUGAAGGAUACUAAAUUGUGGAUAAUAAUGGAGUAUCUUGGUGGAGGCUCUGCCCUGGAUCUAUUAGAACCUGGCCCUUUAGAUGAAAUUCAGAUUGCUACCAUCUUACGGGAAAUCCUGAAAGGACUCGAUUAUCUACACUCAGAGAAGAAAAUCCACAGAGAUAUUAAAGCGGCCAACGUUCUGCUAUCUGAGCAUGGAGAGGUAAAGCUGGCUGACUUUGGAGUGGCCGGCCAGCUGACUGAUACCCAGAUAAAAAGGAACACCUUCGUGGGCACUCCCUUCUGGAUGGCGCCUGAGGUCAUUAAGCAGUCCGCCUAUGAUUCAAAGGCAGACAUCUGGUCCCUUGGCAUCACAGCAAUAGAACUCGCCAAAGGAGAGCCACCGCAUUCCGAGCUGCACCCCAUGAAGGUGCUGUUCCUCAUCCCAAAGAACAACCCUCCCACGCUGGACGGAAACUACAGCAAACCCCUCAAGGAGUUUGUGGAGGCCUGCCUGAACAAGGAACCGAGCUUUAGACCCACUGCCAAGGAACUUUUGAAGCACAAAUUUAUAAUCCGCAACGCGAAGAAAACGUCCUACUUGACCGAGCUCAUCGACAGGUACAAGAGGUGGAAGGCUGAGCAGAGCCAUGAGGACUCCAGCUCAGAGGACUCGGACGUGGAGACGGAUGGCCAGGCGUCUGGAGGCAGCGACUCUGGGGACUGGAUCUUUACAAUCCGGGAGAAGGACCCCAAGAAUCUGGAGAACGGGAGUCUUCAGCCCUCAGAUUUGGAAAGAAAUAAGAUGAAAGACAUCCCAAAGAGGCCUUUCUCUCAGUGUUUGCCCACAAUUAUUUCUCCUCUGUUUGCGGAGUUGAAGGAGAAGAGCCAGGCGUGCGGAGGGAACUUGGGGUCAAUAGAAGAGCUGCGGGGAGCCAUAUACUUGGCAGAAGAGGCCUGCCCUGGCAUCUCUGACACCAUGGUGGCGCAGCUUGUGCAGCGGCUGCAGAGGUACUCUCUGAGUGGCGGAGGAACUUCGGCUCACUGAAAUGCCAAAGGCAUUUGGGUUUGGUUUUUCCCCUCCUUUCUCCAUCUUCCUUCUCUUUAAAAGUCAAAUGAGAGCCUUUGCCGACUCUGCGAAGAGGUGUCCCGAGGGGCCCGCCUUCCCACAGUGCCGCCCACCUGUCCUGUCCAGAGACAGUCCUCACCAGUGCCGCAGCCAGGUGGAGCCUUUCAGAUGGGGUGGGGACGGCCUGCUCCUUCAAGCAAUUACUUUAUUUUUUUAUCGUUUUUAAUUUUAAUCAUAGUGCACAUAUUCAAAGAAAGUAUCUUUAAACACAAACAGCCCUGAAGUGUAUAUUUGGAUUGUGAUAAGGCAAUUGAAGACAUGCAACCUCAGGUAACCUGCUUUCUAUUGACAGCUCCUCCCCCGGGGGACGGCGAGCCGCUCUGGUGGAUCAGUGUACAGACUUGUAUAUAGCGUCAUUUUUACGGAAACCUUUUGGCGUGCAUAAGGAUUCACUGUGUACACACUGGCCAAGUGCUUCUGUAGAUAGUGUCCGUGGAGUAAAUAUUUGACAGGCCAGAACUUGAGUCUAUUGCCUUUAUUACAUGUAAAUUUUGAAUCUUGUGACCAGUGAUUUGGAUUUUAUUUUGUAUUUACAGGGUCUGUCAUUAAUAAUAAUUAACCCAUCUCCCCCUCAUGGAACACUCCUGUUUGUACCUCAACAGAUGCAAAGUUCCCUCUCGUUUCCCCAUGCCCCCCUUUUUGGUACACUUAGAAGCUUUCCUUUUUCAUAGAUGGUACGGUUUCUUAGUGUUUUCAGUUGGAACAUACCUUGUCUCGUGGGGCUUUAAAUUAUUAAGUUUCUCCCGGAUGAAGCGCUCUCAUGUAACUUGUGUUGAGUUGUGCCAUUGCGUCUGCGCCCGAUGCAACCGUCCUGUCCGUCACCUCCCGUUCAGCCUUGUCAGAGAACCUGUGUAUCCUAUCAUCUUUCCCACCUGAAAGUGUCUGAAUGCUCACACAAAUAAAUUUUAUAACUCACUCAUUUGCAUACUGUUCUUGAA